AUGGCCUCCAUGGAAACGCCGAGGGUCUCGUGCUCGUACCUCAACAGCUACGUCAACCGCAACGUCCUUAUUGUCGGCAAGGUGGUCCAGCUGCGCGGCGAGAGUGCUAUUCUCGACGCCGAUGGCCAUAUUACCGUCAACCUGAACCGGGAAUCACAUCUCGUUGGCGGCAAUGCUGCUCAGAUUGUCGGCAAGGUCAUGCCUGACCUGUCGGUCAAGGUGCUGAGUGCACAAGAUUUGGGCGUGGAUGUCGACCUCGAUCUAGCGCAAAAGGUUGUCGAGAUAUCACAGGAGAACAAGGCCAUUUUCGGCGGCGCCGCAUGA